AUGGAUGAACAAGUACCAGAAAUUAAUAUACCAAUUUUAAAACCGAYAAAAGCUAUGAAUACGUCUAACAAAGGUAUGAUCCAGGUAGUUGUAGACAAUGUUCAGAAGCAAUUGAAUGAGUUUGCUGAUUGGAUAAUUUCAUAUAUUCCGCCAGAUGUUAAGAAACCAGCUAAUAAACGAUUGGAUGAUUUGAAAGACGAGAUUAAUAAUAUUUAUGAAAGUUUGAAAAAGACAAGGUUUGUACAUAAGGAAACGAAUGUCUUAUACAAGAAAGAGUCAGCAAUAAAGGGUUUUUUAUCAUCUUACAGAAUCAAUGGUGAGGAAAAGAUUGAUCCUAAAUCAUUUUUAGAAAAGUAUGAGACCAUAAUUAUUAGAAUGAUUGAACAACAUGAAAAACCAAUAAAGAUGAAAUUAGUUGUAGAGUGUGUAUUUUAUAAGAAGAAKAAUAAAGAGAUUGUAUACACAUAUGGAUAUUUUCAUAGUAAUAUAGUUAUUAUUACACAAGCUACGGAUAUAAAAGAUGUAUACGAAGCAUUAGCAGGUGAUAUAUUAGAAAAGAUAAGCAAUUUCCAAAAUAGUGGAUCGGGUUGGAUAUUCGAUAGAGUUGUCAAUUUAGAUAUUCAUAUCGAUAAGUAUAAACCUAUAGCAGCAAAAUCUUAUAUUCCAUUACCAGGAAAAUUGAAGAGUAAAGAGGCUAUUGUUAAUCCUAUUAAUAAGGAUAAUGAAUGCUUCAAAUGGGCAGUUACAUUAGCUUUAUUUCCUUCUAAUAAGAACCCARAUAGAAUAACUAAAGCUCUUAGGAAUAAUAGUGAAAAACUUUGUUGGGAUGAUAUUGAUUUUCCUGUUCAGCUGGAUAAGAUUACUAAAUUUGAGGCUAAUAAUCCAGGAUAUCGGGUAAACGUCUAUCAAUAUAUUAAUGAUGAGACUGUACCUAUUAGAAUAAGUGAUGUUGAAAAUUCAGAUAAUUUUGAAAGCUUCACCGAGAGUAUCGAUACAUGUCGGCCAAAUGAUGAAAGGUCAUAUACUCAACAGUAUCAAAAACAUAGACCAUCUGGUUAUUGUUAUAUGGUAAAAUGUUAUGAUGAUACUAUAUAUAAACCAAAAUUGUAUCAAUAUACAGCUAAAUCAGAGGAUGAGGAUAUUAGUCAAAAAUUUGUAGAAUCGAUAGAAAAUACUAUUAAGAAUAUUUAUAAAAGAUUUCAUUACAAUAAAAAGGUUAAGAUGACAGAAGAUGAUACCAAGAAUUUUAAUAAAGCUACGCGAUGUCAUAUUUGUGAUGAGUAUUUGAAUGGUGAUAAGGUAUUAGAUCAUGACCAUCUUACAGGUUUUACAGAAGGGAAAAUAGAUUGUAUUCCAAACAAUGAAGAAAAGUAUAUUAGUUUCAAAAAGGAGAUAGUCGUGGAUACAUUUACAGAUAAAAUGGGGAAGACUGUGAACAUUAAACGAGAAAUUAGAUUUAUUGAUAGUUUAAAAUUUAUGGCUUCGAGCCUUGAUGCAUUAGUUAGCAAUCUUGAAAAUGAUCAAUUUAAAAAUAUGAAGUUAUUUUAUGGUGGAGAAAAGCUUAAUCUAUUACUUAGAAAAGGAAUUUACCCAUAUGACUAUGUCAACUCAUUGGAAAAAUUAAAUGAAACAUCACUACCACCAAGAGAAGAAUUCUAUUCAAAGUUAAAUGACAUGGAUAUUUCAGAUGAUAACUAUACACAUGCACAUAAAGUAUGGAAAACAUUCAAGAUAAAAAAUAUUAGAGAGUAUCAUAAUCUAUAUCUAAAAAGUGAUGUUAUACUAUUAUGUGAUGUCUUUGAAAAUUUUAGAGAUAUAUGUAUGAAGAAUUAUAUGUUAGACCCAUGUUGGUAUUACACAGCUCCUGGGUUAUCUUGGGAUGCUAUGCUGAAAAAGACAAAAAUUAAUCUUGAGUUGCUGUCAGAUAGUGAAAUGCUAUUAAUGAUAGAAUCUGGAAUUAGAGGAGGAAUCUCGAUGAUUAGUAAGCGUUAUGCACAAGCUAAUAACAAAUACAUGAAAUCAUUCAAUAAUAAGGAAAAGUCGAAAUUCAUCAAAUAUCUCGACGCAAAUAAUCUUUAUGGAUGGGCUAUGAGUCARAAAUUACCAACACAUGAUUUCAAAUGGAUGAAUAAGAAUGAAAUUAAAAAUUGGAGAAAACACCCAUGCAUAUUAGAAGUAGAUUUAAGUUAUCCUGUUGAAUUACAUAAUCUUCAUAAUAAGUAUCCAUUAGCACCUGAGAGACUAAUGAUUAACAAAGUGGAGAAACUUAUUCCAAACCUAGCUGAUAAGACAAAAUAUGUAUUACACCAUGAGACGUUGAAAUUGUCAACAAACGAUGAGAAAGAUGAAUGUAAUCAGGAGUCAUAA